AUGCCUACGCUGCAAGGCAACUUUGUCCAAUGCGCCGACAAGACUUGCGCCGAUGGCAAGGACGGGGCUAUGGCUUGGGCAAAUGAGCUUUGCGGAAAACUUGGGAAGCCUAUCGACCUCGGAGGCUCGGGGGGUUCCCCCAAGACUGAUGAGAGUACUGUUGUUAAUGUUCCGACUACCAGCGCUGGUGGCGAGGUGAAGCCAACCACUGAGGCUGAAAAGACGACAGAUGAGGUGCCGACUACCACUACAGAGGCCAAGACAGAAUCUAAAGUUGAGGAGACUUCAAGUAACAAGACCUCUGAGGUCACUUCUGAGUCAUCAGCUGGUGAAACAACCGCAAGCUCGGUCAAGACCACAGUCAGCAAGCCGAAAGAAACGAACGACGCAUCGGGCAGUGCAGCUGAAGCGACGGCUGAUCAGACUAGCGAUGACUCUGUUGUCACGAUUACUGGAACUGCCGAUACCGCUACUGCAACUCCGUCUCCGACCGACGGUUCCAACGUCGCCAAUUCUGCAGGCCCUAACUUCUACGCUGCUGUUGGUGUUGCUGCCGCGUUUUGGCAAUUGCUGUAAAAGCGCAC